GCCUUUUCUCUGCAAGCUAUUAAGACCUUUAGUUGAAGGUAGCAUUUAUAUAGACGUGUCUCUUAAAAAGUGAAUUGCCAAGGUCCAUGGAUCCGUUGGGGAGGCGAUGUGUGUUUUUAUUUUCCGCUCUAGCCAUCUGUGCUGGAGAUAUUUUCACACCAGAGCAAGUUCAACAAUUGGACACUUUUGUUAAAGAUGUAAUGUCAUGUUCACAUUCCCCUGGAUUCACUUUAACUGCAGUGAAAGGGAAAGAGAUUUUCACCAGAGGAUAUGGGAAAAGAGACGUCCACAAAGGACUGAACGUAACCGAAGAAACCCUCUUCUGCAUAGGCUCAGUCACAAAGGCAAUGACAACUACUUUGCUUGCAAAGCUCCUACCUACAAAGUUCCCACAGUCGUCUUGGGACACCAAGGUCAGUUACAUUCUGGGGGAUUCUUUCAAAUUCACGAGCACUGAUCUGACAGAUCACGCGACGCUGAGAGACAUUCUCAGUCAUAGGACGGGUCUUGUUGCUGAAAAUUAUGGCCUGAUUGCCGGUUACAACAAAAGCAUCACACGGGCAUAUAUGGCAAAAAAGCUUCGAUAUUUACCGUCUUCCCAGCCACUGAGGUACCAAUUCGAGUAUAACAACUGGAUGUACUUCCUUGCGGGCUAUGUUGCGGAAGUGUUAGCCGAGGGAGAGGAAUCCUGGGAAGAUUUGCUUACAAAGCACGUAUUAAACCCCUUGGGAAUGGAUUCUACCGCUAUCUUGAAGGACCUUAACGAACUGGCAACAAAGGCAGAGAUGGCGUUGCCCUAUGUUUUCUUUGAUGGUGAAUUCGUAAGACUCUCCUCCGCAGCAUUCAGUAUCCAUCCCGCGGAACCCGCUGGCGCUGUGUGCUCGUCAGCUAAAGACAUGGCUAAGUGGUUGCAGUUUCUUCUCCGCUCACCGAAAAAUAUCGUCAACGAAACGUGUUUUAACGAGACAAUGAAGCCAAUCCAACUGACGCCAGAACAGGCCAUCGGGGGACUGAAGAGACCCACAUUUCCAAUCGAUAUGUAUACCUUUGCCACCGGAAUGGGCUGGUUUACUGGCGCCUAUCGAGGUCGACAUCUUGUCCUCCACAGCGGUGCAUUUCAUUCUUACACUUCGCUGUUGUGGCUAUUCCCAGACGAGGACUUAGGAAUAUUUGUCAGCACAAAUGGCAUAGCUGAGCAUGACGACCCAAAACUAACCACAAUGAUGUACGCCUCCGAUUUAUUGCUGGGCGAAACCCCAUGGCUCAACUCCACCACAGCUUGUUCAUUUCCGGAACCAUGGAAAGUAAAAUCGUCUAAAAAUUCCACCGAGUUCAGCAGACAGGAAGUUCAUUCCGAGCGCCACCUGACGGAAUAUGUUGGAGUUUACGGAAACAGGUUCGUAGGUGAUAUGAACGUUUUCAUCAACAGAACGGCAAAUGACACCUUACAGUUGAACUUAGGAUAUAAUAUUCAGACAUUUCUUUAUGCUACUUCUGAAAAAGAUGUUUUCAGGUGGAAAUUUAUUGGGAAUUUAUGGUUUUUGAGCAAAAUAUUCCCGGAAUUCCAUGCAGGUAACAUCCAGUUUAAAGAGAACAACAAUGGACAGAUCUACAGCCUGGUGUCUUCGGCCGCUGGAAAGGAAUUUGUCUUUCGAAAAGAUGUGCGAUUUGCUGAUACAGCAUCUACCGGUGAAAGCACAUAUGAAAUGACCGACAAAAAGUUUACUUUGGCUUUGCUAACAUUGUUUGUCAUAUUUUCCUGCCAGUGAUAGUAUACUUUGUUCACUAUAUAAGCAGUCAUAACUUAGCCACCUUCUUUAGCCAUCGCCUAAAUUACAAGGUGUUUUAUGUAUAUAAAUACAUGUCCAUUGCCGUAAAGGCUAAAACAUGGUGUAUGAUUUGGAUGUCAGAAUUAUCGCUUCUAGUCACACCCACUUCAGCCAUACCAUGUUUCAGAAUAGUUUCUCAGUUCACAGUUGUACCUGAACCUCGACCACCUCAUCUGAUGUUGAAUUCAAGUUGUGGUAAUAGUAUGUGUUGAUUGCUUGCUGAUAUCUUGCUGUGUUCAGGAAAUGUGUUUCACUUCUGCUUUCAUGUGAAACGUGGUGAGUGUCACUGACUCAAAACGUAUUUGUUUCCAUAUAAGCCAACAUGACCAGUAGGCUAAUUAACCAAGAGCACACGUAUUAAUACAGAGCAUAUAUACGUUGAUCUAAACUGUAUAUUUAAGGUUACAUGUUCUUUGUCGCGUUUUAGAAGAAUACGCCCAAUACUGGCAUACCACCGACCUUUGACAACUUACUGACGAGUUUUCGGGCUUGCAACAUAGACAUGUGCGUUAUACAGAUAUGGUCUUCGACAAACAUAAGACAGCGUAAAUGUAUAGGCACACAAGCGCCACAAUCACUCACACGACGAAGGUCGCCAUCCCCAGUUACAUGCACGGCAGUCAUAUGUUUAGACCGUAGAAUUCUCAUCAGGUCAGAGCUAGGAAAGACUCUUUUUUGCUGUUACACUGCAGACAUUUUCCUCGCUAAUAACAGUGUUGUCGGUCUUGGGCUAGAAUACAGAUUUGUCCGUCGGUUGCCAGGCACGACAGCCCGCGUUUCUCAGCUUACCGUGAGCAACAGCUGAGUCCUGAACACUACCCAGCGACAGAGCCAACCCAUGCAUGCCGAACUCUGACGGUCAAAGGGAGUUCAUCCAUGCAACCUUCUGUGUGUAGCCAAAUGCCUGAUUUAAUCGAUCGAACAGACCGGUAUAUGUCUAACAACGGCCUACGACUAGUAUUUGAGCCGGCAUCACUGUCUGUCAAAAGAGCCUGUUCUGUUUGUCAGUGUCAUAUGAAUGACCUGCCAUCUGAACACUUAUAAAAAUCAUAAGGACUAUACUGCAUCAUAUUCUACAUCGUAGUGCUAUGAUAUCUUAGCUAUAGGAGUAAAGCCUUUUUCUCUUCCGCUGUACUGUCAUACCUAUAGGACGAGGUGUAGCUUAUGCAUAAAUAGGGAGAGUGCACGCAUGCACCAGGGGGGAGACAUCCGCGUGGUAUGAAACAGCUCAUGGUGUGAGUAUUUUCUCCUGUGGAUCCCCAACCCAACAAAAAGACAAAUCUUAACAUGAUGUCAUUUGACUACAAUAGCUGCCAUUGAAAACAGUGAUGCACGACAUACAACGUUAGACCGUAGCCUGUUACAUUGUGCACAUGCAGUUUCAAUACUAUGUACAUGUAUGUACCCUGGUCUUGUUUUUAUUUCUUUGCUGUUUUACGCCAUAUUCAAGAUCAUGACCUUACAGGAUAUACUCAUGCAGCUAUAGAAACUGGCAUGAUGUAAUUCAUGGUAAUGAAAUCAAUAUGAGAUCAAUAAAA